AGGCAUCUCUUAUCGAAGCUCGAUCGACUAUAUAAUCAAAAACAUCGCCUCGUUCGAAUACCCUGUCUACUAUUAUAAUUUCUGCAAUGGAAUGGAUAGAGCCCAAACAAAGCGAAAGCUGAAACGUGACUUGGAGGACAGCGUCUUUGAAUUUGAAGCAAGUGUUCCUGAGAUCGAAAAGUGGGUCAAGGAACAACUCGAGAAUGACAUUCCGGUAAGCCGAAAAAUCAAGAAAUCCAGCACGCCCAGGUAAAAUAAGGGAGAUCGAACGGGC